AUGGCAGCUAUGGAAAUGUCCUCGUUGGGCGCACGCUCUCUAAACCACAACUCCUCGGAUGCAGAAGCCGAGUAUGACCGUCUCCGAGACCUUGCGCGACAAGAAGCCGCCAAACGAUCCUCAUGCUUCGACCGCGCGCAUCAGGCCUACGAAUCCGGCGACGGCGCACGCGCCCACGAGCUCUCGGAAGAAGGAAAGGCCCAUGCCGCCAAAAUGGACCAAUACAACCGACAGGCGCGCGACUACAUAUUUCGGGAGAACAAUGCUGAAGGUCGCGUUGCCAGCGACACCAUCGACCUGCACGGCCUCUUCGUCGAAGAAGCAGAGGACGUACUAGAAGAGCGUAUCAGAGUAGCACGUCAACGCGGCGAGAACCAUCUCCACGUCAUCGUGGGCAAGGGCAACCACAGCAAGAACCAUGUUCAGAAGAUUAAACCACGCGUGGAACAGGUGUGUCGUGAGUUGGGGUUGCAGUAUAGGACGGAGGAGAACGAGGGUAGAAUCUUUGUUAAUCUCCAGGGUGGUGAUGUACAUGAGAUGCCGCCGCCGCCGCAGGCGCCGAGUUAUGGGGGAUAUCCUGGACAGCAUGGUGGUGGGCAGCAACAUGGUGGUCAACAUCAUGGCGGCCAACAGCACGGUGGACAGCAACAUGGUGGACAACAGCAAGGGCAACAGCAGGGUCAGAACGACGAGAUUGAGCAGAUGGUUAAGAAGGGUUUGCCCAAGUUGCUCAAGAUGUUCAAGUGCUGCACUGUUAUGUAG